GGCUGGCUGAAGUGGUGUCCAGCAGCCUCCGCCAAACCAUCACCUCCCUCCCCACUUUCCUCCGGAGCUCGGUUAUUCUUAGCUCCUCGCUGCGAGAGGCUGUCUCCUUCCGGCCGCUGCCUCUGUCAUUUAUCCCAGUUUUCUUGCAUAUUUAAUGGAAAAUGGCGAUCUGCUUCUUCUGCCUGCUCGCGGUCCAAACUGUCCUUCUCAUAUGCGUGUCCACGCCGACAGUCGCGACCCACCUCUUCCCGCAGCACUACACAAUGAUUCACUGGGCCGGACGUAUCGAGAAGGAGCUGGAGAAGGUUCUGCAGCACGUCACCGGAACCCAGCAGAUGAGAUCGAUUUAUAACGAGAAGAAGAGCCAGUUCGAAAUCAAGAGAAAUAACCCCAAGGACUUGGUGGAGCGAGUGGCCCGGGACAUCUCCAAGCUGCUCAACAGCAAGAGGAAAGCCCUGGAGAAACUGGCCAGGGAGGCAGAGCAGCUGCAGAAGGAACACGUAUGGCAAGAUGGUGUGACGGAGAAUGCCAUUUCAUACUACGAUUCCAAAGCGGAUUCAGACUAUGCGGAGGACGGAGAAGAGGAGAGCCUGCUGGAUAGCACGACCUCGUUGGAGCUGGAGUUUGUGGACGAUCCAAACUUCAAAAACAAGGUCAACUACUCCGCCAGUGCGGUCCAGAUUCCUACAGACAUAUACAAAGGCUCACCAGUCAUCCUGAAUGAGUUGAACUGGACCCAGGCUCUGGAGCGAGUCUUCAUUGAGAACCGUCGGGAGGACAGCUCUCUGAAAUGGCAGGUGUUCGGCAGCGCCACUGGAGUGACUCGAUACUACCCAGCCACUCCAUGGAGGGCGCCCAACAAGAUCGACCUGUACGACGUCCGCAGGAGACCCUGGUAUAUCCAAGGUGCAUCGUCUCCAAAGGACAUGGUCAUCAUCGUGGAUGUGAGCGGGAGUGUCAGCGGUCUCACCCUGAAGCUCAUGAAAACCUCCGUCAUCGAGAUGCUGGACACGCUUUCAGAUGACGACUACGUGAAUGUGGCCAGGUUCAACGAGAAGGCCGACGCUGUCGUCCCUUGCUUCAGGAAUUUGGUCCAGGCCAACGUUCGCAACAAGAAGAUCUUUAAGGAUGCCGUCAUGCACAUGCAGGCCAAAGGAACCACCGAUUACAAGUCUGGCUUCACGUUCGCCUUUGAACAGCUUCUCAAUGAGAGCAGCGCCCCGAGGGCCACCUGCAAUAAGAUGAUAAUGAUGUUUACAGAUGGCGGAGAGGAUCGUGCACAGGACAUCUUUGAGAAGUACAACUGGCCCAACAAGACGGUCCGUGUGUUCACCUUCUCUGUUGGCCAACACAAUUAUGACGUCACACCUUUACAGUGGAUCGCCUGUGCCAAUAAAGGAUACUACUUUGAGAUUCCAUCGAUUGGAGCCAUCCGGAUCAACACCCAGGAGUACCUGGACGUCCUGGGCCGUCCCAUGGCGCUGGCUGGUGCCAGAGCCAAGCAGGUGCAGUGGACUAACGUCUACCAGGACGCUCUGGGUUUGGGCCUCGUCAUCACUGGAACCAUGCCAGUGUUCAACCUCACUUCUGAUGUAGUCACCGCUCAGAACCAGCUCAUCCUGGGGGUUAUGGGAGUAGAUAUCGCCAUCAACGAAAUCAAGAAGAAGACUCCGACGUACAGACUUGGAGCCAACGGUUACACCUUUGCCAUCGACCCGAAUGGUUACGUGCUGCUGCAUCCCAACCUGCGACCUAAGAUCAUUAACUUUAGGGAGCCCGUCACUCUGGACUUUCUGGAUGCAGAGCUGGAAGACAGCAACAAGGAGGAGAUCCGCCGACAGAUGAUUGAUGGCAAAUCAGGCCAAAAGAAAAUCAAGACGCUCAUUAAGUCAGUUGAUGAGAGGUACAUCGACGAGGCGAUGCGGACGUACACGUGGACGCCUGUGGAGGGCACAGAUUACAGUCUAGGUUUGGUGCUGCCCACAUACAGUGAGAACCACAUCAAGGCCAACCUGAGUGACCAGAUCCUCCAGGUGCAGUAUUUUGAAUCACUGCUGCCAAACAGUUUUGAGUCUGAAGGACAUGUGUUCAUUGCUCCCAGGGAGUACUGCAAUGAUCUGGAACUGUCCAACAACAACACUGAGUUCCUGCUCAACUUCAUUGCUCUCAUGGAGAAGGUGACUCCGGACUCUAAACAAUGUGACAAUUUGCUGCUUCAUAACCUGAUUCUGGACACUGGCAUCAUCCGCCAGCUGGUUGAGAAGGUUUGGAAGAACAAAGACUUGAACACCUAUGGAUUUCUAGCCGUGUUCGCCGCGACUGAUGGAGGAGUAACAAGAGUGUUCCCCAACAAGGCUUCAGAAUCCUGGGAGGAAGACCCCGAGCCGUUUAAUGCCAGCUAUUACCGUCGCAGUCUCGACAACAAGGGCUACAUCUUCCGAGCGCCUUUUAUACGAAAAGAGAGAGACGAGAACCCAGAAAACGACACCAUAGGGGUCCUGGUCAGCACAGCUGUGGAGAUCGCGAUAGGAGGAAAAACCAUCAAACCUGCAGUGGUCGGAGUGAAACUAGACCUUGAAGCCUGGACCGACAAGUUCAAGAUUCUUGCCAGCAACCACACAGACAACCGUCAAGGCUCAAACACGUGUGGACCAAACAGGGGCUGUGAAAUGGACUGUGAAGCCAACAGUGAGGAUCUCCUGUGCUACUUAAUAGACGACGGUGCAUUCCUGAUCAUGUCCAAUCAGAAGGACGACUGGAACAAGGUGGGGAUGUUCUUCGGUGAAGUGGACGAAUUAUUGAUGCAAGCUCUCUACAACAAUUCCUUCUACAACCGCAAGCGGUCAUUUGACUACCAGUCUGUGUGUGAACGGAUGCCCAACAGUGAAGCUGGAGCUGCACCCAGAGGAGUGUUUGUGCCGACAAUUGCCGAUUUUGUAAACAUGGCUUGGUGGACGUCAGCAGCUGCAUGGUCCAUAUUCCAGCAGUUUAUAUACGGAUUGGCUUAUCAAAGUUGGUUCGCGACAGAUGAGGUGGAGGCAGACGGAAUCGAUUUCAAAGAGCGGAGCUGUGUAAUGAUACAGACGCAGUACUACUUAAGUAACCUGAGCAGCUCCUACAACAUCCUGCAGGACUGUGGCAACUGCUCUAGGCUGAUUCAUGCCAAGAGGAUAAACAACACCAACUUACUGUUUGUGGUGGCAGAGAAGAUGCCAUCUCUAUAUCACUCCUGUGUGAUAGAGAAGCUGUCCCAGGAGGAAGAGGAGUUUAAAGAGGAGAAUCCAUGUGAAGAACCGGCUGUGGCGCGUUAUCGAAAAGGACCGCCCACCUGCUUCGACUACAACACGGCUGAGAACACGUCCGACUGUGGGCGAGGUCACUCUUUCCGUCCGUCUCUCUUCACUUUACUGCUGAUUCAGCUGCUUCUUCUUUACCCGGCUAUCAGCCCCCACUUUAUCUCGCUAUUACAGUAAUUCCUCCACCUAUCCUCCUUUUUUUCCCCCUCCUCUCCCGUCCCCUUCAAACCCUC